AUGGCCUGCCGCACCCUCACGGAGCUCUCACUGGCCUUCAACUUGCUGGGCGAUGAGGGCGCUCGCAUAGCUGCGGAGGUACUUGGCAGCCACCCGAGCCUUAGGACCCUCGACCUCAGCGACAACCACAUCGGUGAUCUUGGCGCAGUGGCCAUCGCCGAGGCUUUUAUUCUCUCCAGCACAUCGCGUAUUGAGUCGCUCAACCUUUCCGUCAAUCACAUGGGCGACGUCGGCGUUGAGGCGAUUGCGGAGGCUCUUACGAAAACGAACAAUAAGCACUUCACCGCGCUUGACCUGGCUUGCAACGAUGCCGUCACCGAUGUCGGGCGGCAGGCUUUGAUGCGGGCGGUGCCACACAUGCGGUAUGUGUACUCCCUCGACCUGACCUCGUGCGACUUGUCGGACGACAAUGCCAAGGCGCUCACGGAGGCGAUCCGUAGCAGCCGCACCAGUGUCGGGACGGUGGAGUGGUACAACAACCCACGCAUCAAGCUGCCGACGGAGAAGGCGCUGUACGAGGCGAUCGAGGUGAGAGCCGCUGCGCGCCGCUCCCUCAAAGGCGACGGCUCCGUCGUCUUGUACGCCGGUGUAGCACUCACAGCAGCUAUGGUGGUUGCCUCUAUCAUUAUGCGGCGGCGGCAGAACUCGUAG